AUGCUUCAUACCGUCUACGACAUUAAUCCGGCUCGUCUAAACUCGAUCAUCCCCGCUCUCCAGCGGAUGGCUGACGAUCCGGCCUUUGAAGAAUACCGAGAGCGCCGCUUCGAACGAGAUGACCCACCCACGCCUGAUUCGUCACGCAGCAUCACGAGAGAAUCAACGCCUGGCCCACUACCCCAAACCCAGGGCGACAUCGAUCUCGCCGAACUUCUUCGCCAGCCGUUGAGCGCCGAUGAGAUCGACAAAGCCCAAUACAGGAUGAUGGGAUUUGGGGGACACAGUCGGUACCUUGACGAAGUGCGUCAAGAGAGGGAGCGGAUCGAUAGAGCAUGGGGGGCACGGGAUGAAAAUUAUGUGCCGCUUUAUCGUGGACCCGACCUGAUGGGGCGUGCAGGACUACAGAGGCAAAAUGUUAUGAUCCGACAUAGCAUCAAAAAGCGAUGGCAACAGCUGGGAGUCUGGGAUCCCAAAUGGGGAGUUCCAACCGGGGCAUUUCGCGAAUUUGGAGGGUUUGUGAAGGAUGAUGAGCCUAACUCCUGGCCGUGGUGGCAUUCACGAGAUGGGGAAUUGCUUGAACGCCGUGCGAUUCGACGAUAUCUUCAGAAGAAGGCCUGCGGACACGAAACCCCCACCCCACAACCCUUCGAAGUCGAUGGUACAGCUGAUGAGUCCCCGAUUACGAGUCGGCCUUGGUUCAUGUGGGCGCUGGAGGUUGCAGUGGAAGAGACGAGACUGGAGCGCGACGUAAAUAGAGAGGGGACUUAUAAUGCAGCACGGGCGAAUGUGAAGGCUCAAUGGAAAGAGAAAGGAUACUGGAAAGACAGCUGGACUAACAAUCUGCCCGGAGAACAUGUCUGGAGAGACUUGCCGGGAUGGAAAUGGAGACAUGAGUCCCCGUCCCCAGAACCUCCGGAUCCAAAUGACAUGGAGUUCACCCCGUCCGAGGUUGAUGUGAUGGAAGCGAUACGCCCUCCUACACCCCCAUCCCCACCGCCGCCGUCGUUAUAUGUAAACCGAACUCCAUCCCCCGGGGCUCACCCUGUCCUGUUUCUCUGGUGGGAAAGCCGUCAAAACCGCCCUCCCGCGUCUCUAACUACGGACGAUGGUGGUGAUGAUGAGGACAGCAGACCAGGAGCUGCAGCAGAACUUACGAGUGAGAAGUCUGCACAGCGGUUAAUAGAGGACAACGCCGACAUAACUCCUCGCGCGGCACAGAGCCGAGCCUCGACCCGUGCAACUUCACGUAAGCAGCAGCGUCAGCCGACCACGCGUCAUCCUCAGACACGUUUGAAUGGCCGCACAACUUGUUCGGCGGCCCUGGUGGACGUUCCCUCUCCAGCUGCCAGGAAAACCAGGCAAAGCCGAAAAGCAACUAGAGUUCCGAUCUCGCCUUCAAGGAUCUCUAAGCCAUCUUCACCCCGUCGCAGCCUCCGGAUCGCAGAGAGAGAAGGGCGCUUAAAAGGUGUUGGUGCCCCAUCUGAAGCUAUGGAAGUUAUGAACAAAGACGAUGAGGCGCCGCAGCCACAGCUGAACCAGCACUGCUGGUCAAGGAGAUCUCAACGAGGAUGA